GUGGGUGGGGCGGUUUUUUUUCAGGCUUUUUUAUUGCCUGCUUGGUUCUUUUUCACCUUUUCUCUGUGUGUACAUAUGUAUGUGUGAUGUGUAUGUGUAUGUGUAUGAUGUGUCUCGGGAUGGGUUGGUACCUGGUACUGCUGCUCUGGGUUGCGGGUUAUAGUUGCCUUCGGGUUCACUUGGGGCUCGGCGUUGACAGGGAGAGCGGCAAGAGUAUGCUUGCUACCUGGCUGGCUGGAUGGAUGGCUGGCUGGAAUAUACCCCUACGUGGCUGAGUUCGAGACAUGGUUGAUCGGUGGUUUUUAUGUUGCCUCGGUAACUUACUUAUUACCUGCCUAUCUGUUGAUUUGAAGGGUAACUGUGCUUGGUGUUGUGUGUGAUGAUGGUCAGCGGGUUCGGUUUGGCUGACCGCGUUAUCGAGUAUGCAAAAUCAGUCAGCGACAGCUGUUUAUUCAUCUUUUCGACUUCAAUGGGACUGGACUGGUGGGAGAAGGAAUUGACUCUGUAGUGCAGGAUUGCCC